AUGUCCAAUCCAAUCGUGAUCAACGGCCGUAGCGUAGCGCUAAGCCAUGACCUUGAUUCCUCAAGCACAAACUACAUCAUCCUACGCACCAAAGGAGAGCCGCUGAACAAACGGCAAAAGGAGAAGCUGAAGGAUUUGGAUGUCGUCGUGGAUGAAUUCGUGGGUGACGAAACAGAGCAAGUCUACCUCUGCGGGUUCAAAGAAGAUUCCUUGGAACAGAUCAACAAUCUGGAUUUUGUUGACUAUGUUGGCAUAUAUGCGAAUGAGUUCGUUGUGCCGGAAAAUUUGCAAGCGGAUGCCCAAGCUGCGACAGUGAAUGUCGAUAUCUUGUUGCAGCGUGAUGUGGCUGAAGUCUCCGAGGAAUUGAUUCAAAAAAUUGCUGAAGCAGCAGAUGUGGAUCCAGAAGCUAUCGACUUGGAAGAUGGAGGACUACAGAUCAAAGUUGACGCCGACAAGCUGGAGAAGAUUGCGGCGCUGGAUGAAGUUCGUGUCCUCCACACCAUCAAUGAGCCUGCCUUGUUCAACAAUGUAGCCCGCAAGAUUUUGAAUCUUGAUGAUGGUAACGAUUCAACGAGGGCUCAGGAGAUCGUAUACACAGGUAAAGAUCAGAUUGUAUGCGUGGCAGAUACCGGCCUGGACAAAGGCAGUGAUAAAGAUGUGCACGAGGCGUUUUCCGGCCGGAUCAAGCACCUCUUUUCCUGGGGUCGUGCUGAGAGUCAUCUUGCCGAUGAUCUUGACGGCCAUGGUACUCAUGUAUGCGGAUCAGUCUUGGGCAAAGGCGAGCAUAAUUCGCAGGGCUUGGUUCAAGGAACGGCACCAGAUGCAGAUUUGAUUGUGCAAUCGUUGUUCAGCGGAUUCAACGUGUUAAAUCAAGCCCGUCUGGGAGGUAUCCCCAAGACCAACUUGGCUCCACUCUUCGACCAGGCCUACCAGGCUGGUGCUCGUGUGCAUACAAAUUCAUGGGGUUCUCCACUGCCCUCAACAAAGAUCCAGCGGCCGUAUGAUGGUAGAGCAGAAAGCAUUGAUCUCUUUGUCUGGGAGCACCAGGACAUGGCCAUCCUCUUCGCAGCCGGCAAUGACGGCCAAGAUGCCGAUUUAGACGGUACAUUGGAUGGAAGCGUUAAUCCUCGGUCAUUGGGCGCUGAGGCAUCAGCAAAAAACUCCAUUACCGUCGGGGCUACGGAAAAUUACAGGCCAGACCUGGUUUCAGGAGAUCUGAAUCGUCCAUACACCUAUGGUGGCUUCUGGGUCAAGCGGUUCUCCAUGAAUCCGCUUCGUGAUGAUCACAUCGCAAACGAUCCGGAAGUAUUGGCUGCAUUCAGUAGUCGUGGACCAACGGCAGAAGACAGACUCAAGCCAGAUGUCGUAGCGCCCGGUACAGCUAUUCUUUCGGCACGGUCCCAAAAUCAAAAGUUCUUGGCUAAGGUCGACCAGGCGGGGAAAUCUGGAGACAGCAAGUACAUGUAUUUAUCUGGAACGAGCAUGGCCACUCCGCUUGUAGCUGGCUGUUGUGCUGUUCUUCGUCAAGCGCUACGGGCAAACGGCUAUCGUGAUGAACGACCGGAUGGCGUCAAGAAUCCCACGGGAUCAUUGAUUAAGGCACUUUUGAUCAACGGAGCAGUCCCUAUCAAAGGCCAAUAUAUGCCAGAUGAUGCCGAAGAGGAGCAUAAUCCGCACUCUGGGUUUGGAAGAGUCGACCUUGCCGGAUCAUUGCCGAAGCUCAAUGACCCCUGUUCAGGAUAUGGUGUUGGCGUUGCUGAUGAAGAUGACGAGGCUCCAUUCAAGUUGGAAAUUCCAGUACCAGAUCUCAAAGAGAAACAGAACACUGCUGGUACUACUCAGACCGAGGAAGGCCAGUGGACCCUCAAAGUUACCCUCGCUUACGCGGACUUGCCGGGAGGUAAACUACAAAAUGAUUUGAACCUGAUCGUGGUCGUCGGCGAACACGAGUACCACGGCAACCAAACCAAACGCAAAUUUCCUGUUGAUUCAAAGGAGGCCUUUGAUCGCCAAAAUAACGUUGAACGAGUUUCUGUGCCGACAGUUUCGACUGGAAAAGUACAGAUUAUCGUCAAACCGUUCCGUUUUAUGAGUGAACGCGUGCCUUUUGCGUAUGCCUGGAGGUUCUCUUGA